AUGGUGUCCGGGGCGGGAGUGAGUGACGUGGGGAUGGAGACCGUCUUCACCGUCUUCGAAGAGAACUGGAGGAAAGGCUACGCGAGUUAUCCCGUCUAUGUGGCAGCUCGGCCUAUCAGUGGAGCGUCCGUCCAUUACCAACAGUCUGGCACCAGCAUCUACUGUUCUGAUAAGACCAUCGAGGCUGCCGAGGCUCUGCUGCACAUGGACUCUGUUACCAGCCUGAGAGGAGACCGCAGCCCAGAGGAACCAGAUCCCAUCCAGGAAGAAGAAAGGUAUUCAGGACACGGAUUCACCCUCCAGAGGAACCAGAGCCUGACCACCGACCUGACAGGAAGGAAGGUUAGUGAUGAGGACACGGAGGUCACCCUCCUAGAGGAACCAGAGCCUGACCACAGACCUGUCAGGAAGGUUAGGGAUGAGGACCACCCUCCUAGAGAACCAGAGCCUGACCACCGACCUGUCAGGAAGGUUAGUGAUGAGGACACGGAGGUCACCCUCCUAGAGGAACCAGAGCCUGACCACCGACCUGUCAGGAAGGUUAGUGAUGAGGACACGGAGGUCACCCUCCUAGAGGAACCAGAGCCUGACCACCAACCUGUCAGGAAGGUUAGUGAUGAGGACACGGAGGUCACCCUCCUAGAGGAACCAGAGCCUGACCACCAACCUGUCAGGAAGGUUAGUGAUGAGGACACGGAGGUCACCCUCCUAGAGGAACCAGAGCCUGACCACCGACCUGUCAGGAAGGUUAGUGAUGAGGACACGGAGGUCACCCUCCUAGAGGAACCAGAGCCUGACCACAGACCUGUCAGGAAGGUUAGUGAUGAGGACACGGUCACCCUCCUAGAGGAACCAGAGCCUGACCACAGACCUGUCAGGAAGGUUAGGGAUGAGGACACGGAGGUCACCCUCCUAGAGGAACCAGAGCCUGACCACAGACCUGUCAGGAAGGUUAGGGAUGAGGACACGGAGGUCACCCUCCUAGAGGAACCAGAGCCUGACCACAGACCUGUCAGGAAGGUUAGUGAUGAGGACACGGAGGUCACCCUCCUAGAGGAACCAGAGCCUGACCACCAACCUGUCAGGAAGGUUAGUGAUGAGGACACGGAGGUCACCCUCCUAGAGGAACCAGAGCCUGACCACCGACCUGUCAGGAAGGUUAGUGAUGAGGACACGGAGGUCACCCUCCUAGAGGAACCAGAGCCUGACCACCGACCUGUCAGGAAGGUUAGGGAUGAGGACACGGAGGUCACCCUCCUAGAGGAACCAGAGCCUGACCACCGACCUGUCAGGAAGGUUAGUGAUGAGGACACGGAGGUCACCCUCCUAGAGGAACCUGACCACCAACCUGUCAGGAAGGUUAGUGAUGAGGACACGGAGGUCACCCUCCUAGAGGAACCAGAGCCUGACCACAGACCUGUCAGGAAGGUUAGUGAUGAGGACACGGAGUCACCCUCCUAG